GGCGCUUGAUUUGUAAAAAAAUGGAAUUUUGGAUGAUUGGGUGUGAGUUCUAGGUGAGAGUGGUAUGGGGAAGGAUAUCGGCGGCUCAGACGCAGCCACCUCUUCCGCCGACAAAGCCGCGGAGGCGGCAACAGUCGAGAUCCGAAACCUCCGCUUCACAUAUCCGGGGAUUGACGGUCACCCGCCUCCAGGAUCAAAGCCUUUAAUCGACGGAUUCUCUCUCCGGCUCCAUGCUGGUGAUCGCUGCCUACUCGUCGGAUCUAAUGGCGCCGGGAAGACGACGAUACUGAAGAUAUUGGGAGGAAAGCACAUGGUAGAUCCGGAUAUGGUGCGUAUUUUUGGGAGAUCGGCGUUUCAUGAUACUGCGCUUACGUCCUCAGGAGAGCUUUCUUACCUUGGUGGAGAAUGGAGGAGAGAAGUUGCUUUUGCAGGUUUUGAAGUUACGAUACAAAUGGACAUCUCAGCUGAGAAAAUGAUAUAUGGAGUUUCUGGUGUUGAUCCUCAAAGGAGGGAUGAACUAAUCAAGGUUUUAGAUAUUGAUCUUUCUUGGAGAAUGCACAAAUCAUCAGAUGGCCAGAGAAGACGCGUGCAAAUUUGUAUGGGCCUUCUUAAACCAUUCAAGGUCCUCCUCCUUGAUGAGAUAACAGUGGACCUUGACGUGCUUGUGAGGGCGAACCUUUUGAUAUAUCUGAAGAAGGAAUGUGAAAUAAGGGGUGCAACAAUUAUUUAUGCAACUCAUAUUUUUGAUGGUCUUGAGAAUUGGCCAUCACAUAUUGUUUAUGUUGCUCAUGGGAAGUUGCAAUUAGCAUUGCCUUUAGACAAAGUAAAAGAAUUGAGUAACCUUUCCUUAAUGAGAACAGUAGAGAAGUGGUUGAGGAAAGAGAGAGAUGAGGAUAGGAAAAGGAGAAAGGAGAGGAAAGCUAAUGGACUUCCAGAGUAUGAGAACUCUGUUGAUGGCACACGUGUGAUAGGAGAAGCUGCUCGAAUGCUCAACAAUGGCUGGGCUGGAGGGAGGCUGCAUUCCACUGUUGCAGGGGAGGAGAACUAUUUCAGCAUAAAUAGGGUCCUCAGGCAGUAAGUAGAUCACAAGUAAACAUUUGCAUUUUACAUCUUAUAGAUAAAUGAUUUUCUAUUUUUAUCUAUAAUUGAAUUGUGCUUUGUUACACACACAAAGAAAAAAAAAACAUAUUUUUUUGGAGGCAGAACAUGCUAUGUUGAAUAAUUUACUCCAAAUAUGUAUCAAAUUUGUUUGAAUAUUUAGUUUAUGUUCAGUUUCUUAUUUA